CCCUGACCGGUUCUUUGCCUCUGGGCUUCUAAACUAUUUUUAUUUCUUCUCGGACUCUUCUUUGCCCCCACACCAUUGCGUCCAGAUCCGCCACGGAUAAGCCGGGCCCCCCAUCGCGAUAUCGCCGUCGACCAGCUGCUAUCGCCAGAGUAUCGUAUCGCGUGGGUUGAGCUGUCGAGAUUUCUUUCCCCCGGAAGCUUGGUCAGACGACUCGCUUGUCGUUAACUUACAGGCCAUUUCGCUUAAGUUGCUUAGAGUUCCCCGUCCGCGGUGAUAAGUUAUAUUGCGGCCGCUCCCUCGUGCUGAAGUAUGUCCGACGGAGAGCUAUGGUCCACCCUUGUUACGGCUAUAGAUCCUCACAACAUCCGAGCUAUGCCUGCGGUUUUACAAUCCACCAUUACCCUGCUCGAGAGUGAGCUGGGCAAGGCCAGAACCGCUCUGCAGGAGAUCCAGCCCAAUGCCUUACCCGUGAUGAUGCUGGGCGAUGAGGUGACCGCCGGCGCCAUGGCCGCCUACCGCAAGAACCUCGUAGAUCGCGCAUCGCACUUCGUCUAUGGCACCCAGCCCAUGACGGCGAAGGAUCUGGGCCUGGUGACAACUGCGCGAGAGAUCUCGUCCGACGAUGACGAUACCGUCGUUGAUCAGGACGAACCGAUGGUCACAAUGCUGGCGGAACCGCGCCCGACAUUGGUGGAGGUCUUGUCGAACAACCUCAUCCUCGACCACAUGGCGCCUUAUCUAUCGGUCUCGUCCCUGCUGUCGCUGGCCGCGACCUCGCGACGCAUGCAUUCCGCCAUCUUCGGGACGCCGUACGUAUUCCGAUACCUCGAUUUGUCUCGAUGCCGGGGCGCGCAGCUGCCGCGGAUAUCUCCCAUUGACGAGCGCAUGGACGAGUCUCUAACAGAAGACGAGUUCUACUCGGGACCGCUGCGGGGGAUUUUUUCCAAUCUUGGACGGCGGUCCAUCCUCCAGGAUGUCCGCACCCUUAUCCUAGACGGUCUUUCGGUCCCGGCGGACUUGGUCGCCGAUAUUGUGCUGACCGAUCGGUUCAAUGUCACCAUCCUCUCCAUCAGAGAAUGCCUGCACCUCAACGAGCGGAAGCUCAUGCAGACUCUCCAGCAUGCGGUCCGGCCAACGCGCCCCAAGGGCAUGCCGAAAGUGAAGGGGAUCUACCAUUUCACUGCGAAGAAUGCGCCGCGCUCUCCAUCUCGGGCCAAAUAUCGAGACUGGUGGAGCUCUCAGAUAGCUUCUUCUGCGUCCCCUUCGGCGGAGACUAGGGCUGCUGCUCCGGACAGCGACUCCAGUCUUGACGACUGGUACAAGCCCUCUGGAAAGCUGCUGAGGGGUUCGAUCGAAGAUGGCUGGGCGCAAACUCUGAAGAAAUGCGAGGGUAUCAUAUCCUUUGACGCGGUGCUGUGCCGUGGACCUCGACAUAACGUGGAUCUCUACACCUCCAGCAGCGGGAGCGGGCCUCAGCCAGAGGGUCGCCUGCUGGGACCUGCUAUCGCAACUGUAGCACUUGGACCCAGUGGCUGUGACAGAUGCCAUAAAGCCCCGGAAGGCUUUGCAACCUGGGGCCAGUCCCCGGAGGAGCAGUUCCCUCUGCUCAGUCCUCCGCCACUGCAUUCUUCCAAAAUCUCAGCGGCCAGAUGUCCAGUCAUGCCUGGGCAUGACAGCCCGCUUCUGCUUGCCAGAUGCGUCGACUGUCUGACCGACCGCUGGUGUCAUCGCUGUAACAAGUGGUUCUGCUCGUCCUGUCUUCCCCAACCUGGAAGGGUCAACAUCAGAAGUCUGUCGCCUCAUCAAACAGCGAUCCGGGGGUCUCGUACCAACCAGACUGCGGAAGCUGAGGAGCAAGAGCGCAGGCGUCUUGGUCCUGGUGUGAGCAGAGAUUGCUGGGAAUGUGGUCCUACUUGUGCCAGCUGCAAGCUUGACUCCCAGCGAACUUGCCAAGGCUGUCGGGGAGACUACUGCGUCGAGCACAACGAGGGAUGCUCUGCACGAAUGUGUGACUGGUGUAACACGAGCUCUCGUCGUCUGAGGGGAGACCUCUACUGAUGUCGAUCUCUCCUGUCGAUGCCUACAGAACAGAAGAGUGGCGGACGUGCAUGCCUCUUCUAACGAAAGCUGAAAGCUAUUAUGACUUAUAUACCCCUGUUGAUCGCCGCGCCUGAGAAUCGGCUGGGCCCGACUUACACUAUCUCGUCUCUGAGAGCGAUGUUUUACCUUUUUAAUCCUUUUUGGCUUCACGCUGGGAUUCUAUCUGAAGAAGUCCUGGCGACGAUUAUUUCCCUAGUUCUUUCAUUCCAUUUCAAAAUUGAAUUGAGGCACCCCGCUCAUGUUUUGGAACGCAUUCUGCUUAAAGCUAUGAAAAUUGCGGUUCUUGUCUGAGCCGUGUGAGGCUGUUCGGUUGGUUUGCUUCAGUCAAAUCUGUCCAGAAACACCGAUUUAUGUGGAUAUGUCCAGUAACUAUAGUGUAUUAGUUAUUGUGUAGCUAU